AUGUCAGAUGUCUUAUGCGGUAUCUGCAAUCUCGAGCCCAAGAAAUAUACAUGCCCAACAUGCGCCAUGCCAUACUGCUCGCUAGCAUGCUUCAAACCUCAUAAGCUCGCCCACCCCGUCAGCGACGAACCAACUCAGCCCAAAAUAUACGUCCCCUCUCUACCCCAACCACCACCGCCUGCGCCAACACCACGCUACCUCAAGCCUCAAACCGACUUCUCGGCCCUGGUCACCAAUCCUAAGUUUCAAGACCUUCUCAAGUCUCACCCCACACUCCUCACCACCCUCCAACGCAUCUACGCCAAAACGAUUGAGCCUGAUCCUGACGACGAAGUGCGACCGUUUCGACAGUCGUUCAGAGGUAGAGGUAGUAGGGGGAGAGGAAGAGGCGGCCGAUGGGGUGGACAUAACGACCGUCCAGCAAAGUGGACCCCAAAGAAGGGUGAUGCGGAUGCAAUGGGGUUGAUGAAAGGGAUACGGGAGGGCAAGGGAAGGGACAAAGAAAAGGAGGGCUUGGCAGAUUUCUUGCUGCUGGUCGAGGACAUGUUUGGGGAGGGGGACAAGAUGGACGAGGGGGCCUGA